AUGUCUGCCUCCAAGCGGUCCGUCCUGAUUACAGGAUGCUCACAGGGCGGAGCCGGAAACGCGCUCGCGCUCGAGUUUGCCGCUCGAGGCCUCCGGGUCUUUGCAACAGCCCGUUCUCUCAAGUCCAUCACAAACCUCGCAGAGAGCGGCAUUGAAACGCUAGCGCUGGACGUGACCGAUCCAGAGAGCAUCGCCGCUGUAAAGGCCGAGAUCUCCCAGCGCACAGGCGGCACGCUGGACAUGCUGUAUAAUAACGCGGGCUCAAUGUACGAAGCCCCAGCAAUAGAAGCAGACCCGGCGCGCGUCCGCGCAAUGUUCGACGCCAACGUCUUUGGCCUGUUCGACAUGGUGACGGCCUUUAUCCCGCUGCUCCUCGCCGCAGUGCACACUCCGACCUCUAAACCCCUCAACAACACACCACCCACGAUUGUCAACGUCGCCUCCAUCGUCUCCCGGAUCCCCCUCCCCUUUGCCGCGGCCUACAACGCCUCCAAGGCCGGCGUCUCCGCGUACUCGGAUACGCUGCGCCUCGAGCUCGCCCCGCUGGGCAUCCGCGUCGUAACGGUCUUCAUGGGCGAAGUUGCGACGAAGCUGCGCUCCGCGGAGAAGAUCGAGUUCGGGCCCGCGAGUCUGUAUGCGGAUGUCGAGGGGAAGCUCAAGGGGCGGAUUGAGCAUGCUGCGCGGGUGUCGGUUGCGGCGGAGGUCUUUGCAAGGGAGGUUGUGGACAGGGUGCUGGUUCGCGGUGGGGGUGGCGGGGCGAGCUAUAUCUGGAAGGGGACGAAUGCGUUUCUCGUGUGGUUUCUCAACGCGUUUGGGCCGCGCAAGGUGUUUGAUUCGAUUCUGAAGGGGUUUGUGGGCUUUGAUGAUAAGGGGUUGGUGGAGCUGGUUUAUGAGCGUGGGCGGCGGCAGGCUGUUGGAGAGGUUGGAGGGGAUAGUAGUGGCUGA